UUUUGAGGAAGUAUGGAGGCCAACGCGAAUAGCAAAACGUGAUUGCUAAUCCACGUUGUCACGUGGUACGGAGGAGAAAAAACGGGAUUAUAUUGUCUUUAAAUGUUUGACAUGAACAGGCCGGAGAAGCAGGAGUAAUUUGGGGGAAGCAUGGAGGCCAAAAUGAACAUCGUGUUUUUUCUAAUGUUCUUUGUGCAGGCAUAUUGUUUCAACGUGAGAUGUCCGAGCGGGUUCAUCGCCAAUGGUGCCAAAUGUUACAAGUUCGUCAACUGGCAGGCUUCGUGGCCAGAAGCAAAGGUGAUGUGUGAUGUCAUGGAUGCGCACCUGCUGGAAAUAGACUCGCCAUGGGAGGAACAGUUCAUCCUAGAGAGACUCGACUUUGUUGAAAAUGAGAUUUCUGACGGCUCUUUGUGGAUCGGCGCCACGGACAUCAUCAAUGAGAACGAAUGGGUUUGGAUGACGAGUGGUAAGCGUGUUGGCUACCGGAACUGGAAUAGGGAAGAGCCGGAAGCCAUGAUGAAAGUUCAUGGUCAUUGCCUCGCUGUCACUCCCAAGCCAAAGUUCAUCUGGGAAGAGAUACCAUGCAAGCAGGAGCUGUUCUUUAUUUGUGAAAUGAAUAUGGACUAAGAUACGAGUAUGGACAUGCACAGCUUCUUGGCACAGGUUCCUGGCACAGGUUCCUGGCUCCACCAUAUCAGUCAAUAUACGGGUCUUACAACAUAUGUUGCCACAUUUUAAUGGAGGGACUUUUAAUGGAUCUAACUGAGUUCCCUACAUAAAACAAAGUAAUUUAUACCUGUGAAUAUACAACGUUUAAAGGAUAAUAAAAUUGUGAUU